AUGAGUUUCCGAUCGAGUGUCACAGCCAGCUUGCUCGCCCAGCUAGGAGUCGUUGCUAGAUCUACUAUUGACAGUGGGAAUGGCUUUGUCACGUACUACUAUGACGUCGAGCAGGUGAACGCUUGCGGUACUACAUUUGAGUCUCAAAAUCAAGGCGGAGUGAUGUGUAGCUCCCUCAUACCGCUUUCCCUUAACCAGAUUAAUACAAACCACCUUGUCGCUAUGAAUAGCACCCAGCUACGCCAAGACCCGGCGAAAUACUGCGGUAAACAAGUAAUAGUCUCCGUUAAUGGGAAGCCAUCCACCAUGCAGCUCUUCAUUGGAGAUGGCUGCGAACGAUGUAGUGUCGGCUCUUCAUCCACCAGGAUUUGGAAUGCGGAAGGCGCUCCUGGUCUUGACUUUAGCUAUACUGUCCUAGACGAGUUGGCCGGAGGAAAUGCCUGCAGUUUAGGUCACCUCGCAAUCUCAUGGGAAAUAACUGACACGACGAUAAACGACAUUGUGAACAGCUCUUCUGGCGUUUCCUUGCCAUCAGUAUCGAAACAGCCUGGAUACACGACUGCGUCCGCCUCGCCCCGGUGUUCAGCUCCUUUGCUGGCCCCGUCGAGGGUGCAGAUCGGCGCAAAUACCACCAUUUCAUCGGCAACUGCAUGCACGGACAACGUUUGGAAACGCGACGGGAAUGUCCUGGAACAGUGUAUCGGCACCACAUGGACACCCCGUGAGACAUGUUUUGCUGGCUGGAGAUGCCGCGGCGGUUCUAACCCAUACUGCACACCAGGAUACGUAGGGAAAGGUGUCACGUUGCUUUAA